CGACGGCCAGACCACCAGAAAAUGGCGGCAAGAGAGGGAGAAGAGAGAAAACGCGCGCACAGUGGGCAGCAGCUUUCCGGCGCGAUUCCGGCUUCAUCCGACGUCCGAUCGAGGUGAUUCCGGUGGCGUUGGAAAGCUUGUUCCCAGAGCUUUCUUUUGAUACCAAAUUUGAAGCAAAUGGAGGUCGGAUGAGUGAGAUAUGGAGGAGAGAAGUUUCGGGUUUUUCAAGCUUUUUCAUCAGAUCUACGACGAUCCGACCGUUGGAUCGACGAUCCGAGACCACAUAUGGACUGAGGAAGAGGAGAGGAACAUGGUGGUAUGAUCAGAUCCGGCAAAUGUCGCUGGCGACCGGCGGCCGGCCACCGUGCGCGGUGGUUCCGGCGGUGGCUCCGGUGGGCUAUGGAGAUAAUUCAACUUCCAGAGGCUUCCUCGUAAAUUUUUGGAAUUUUGGAGACACAGAUAAACUUCGGGUGAUCAAGGUCAGCUAUUUUCCUGCAUCCAGUAGCCACAAUAGUCAUCGGUGUACUGCCACAGGAGGAGUUAUUUUACAGAGCAACCUGUUUUCUUCCUCGCAGGUUUAACGUCGAUUAUUUAAUUGUAUUAUUAUUCUCUAAAUUUGUAAUUUAGGACUCCGCAUGUGCUAGUAGUAGCAUUAAGCCUGUCAGGGACUGUAUGAAUUCAAGUUUUUGAAUUAAUAAAUGAAAAGAAAAAUUAUAUGA